CCAAUAACUUUCUAUGAUCACGUCAUUUGUGUAGGAUGAAAACGUUGUGAUUACAACUAUAAAGGUAGGAGCGGGAUUAUUGCGAGUGAUUUACUUGUACGUUUAUUUAUGAGAAUUUUACGUAACUUGAUAUUUAACCGGGCAAUUAAAAAAAAAUCGUGGAAAUUUCUUUAUUAACCAGUAACAGGAUAACAUAUUUGUGUUAAAUUAUAAACAUGUCUGACGAAAAGAAGGAAACGAAAACAGAGUCAGAGCACAUAAAUUUAAAAGUGCUGGGACAGGACAGUGCAGUGGUUCAAUUUAAAAUUAAGAAACACACACCACUCAGGAAAUUAAUGAAUGCCUAUUGUGAUCGUGUGGGUUUGGCGAUAGCAGCAGUAAGGUUCAGAUUUGAUGGAGAACCCAUAAAUGAAUUAGAUACACCAACAACCCUUGAAAUGGAAGAGGGUGAUACAAUAGAAGUUUAUCAGCAACAAACAGGAGGAACAUUGUGUUGAGAUUUAUGAUUGUCCCUUAAUAGUUUAAAAAUGGACUUGAUAAGAAAUUUCUGUUCCAGUGCUUACUUUG